GCCAGGGAGCUAUCCCGGCACGCCAAAUCCGCAAUAGACGGGCGACACUGCAAGAUAUCUCAGCCCGUCAGACAAGCAAGCACACAUCCGCACCUUAGCACUUUCGUCCUCUUCCCGCUCUCUAUCGCUCUCCUAUGGACCAUGAUCGCAUCUUUCUCCUGUUUCUCCUUCUCGCGUUUCUUCCCUCGUCCCUUUGUCUACUUAUCCCGUCGUACACUGCUCUCGCGAUACCUGUACUUACCACCUGCAUUGCUCUCGUCAUCGCACGUAUUUAUCUAACCUCGAUAUAUAACAACGACGUACCCUUUGUUCUGUUCUGCGCUACCCUUCCCGCAGUCUAUGCGUUAUCUGUCUAUGCUUCCCAAUCGUAUGUUGACCGUAUGUCUUUAUCUUUGAGCUUUGAGCGUGUAUGCUUGUCUGAUACCGCCUGCGCGAUGAAGCAUUGAGGUUGUCAAAGGGAAGAGGGAAUGAAGACCCCCAGGUCUCGCAGCAAAGAGAAGAGGGAUUUCGUGUGAGUAGGGGGCUAUAAG